AUGACAGUGAAAGCCCCUCAUCCCCCUUCAGCAACACCCUCCGCAAUCAAACAAUUCUCCAACUUCACCCGCACAGGAGCAGGCCUCGAGAAAACCCUCCGACUCAUCCAGGCCCUCGCAACCAUCAUCAUCGAAACCAGCAUUGACAAUGAAACAGUAAGGACCUGGUCAACCGCCAAGUCGCAAUUAGCGCUGACCCGCCGCUUCUUCCGCUUCUUUAACUUUCUCGAUUGUUUUGAGCGGGUGUUUGCGCUGCUAGGCAGUAGCAGUGGCAGUAGCAGUUCUGCAGCUGAGGGGUUUCCCACAACGCUGAUUGAGCUCGGCCGGUGGACGUGCUUAGGGCUGUAUUUUGUGUUGGAGGAUUGUACUAUUGUGAGUUUUCUCCGUCUUACUCGUUUGCUGCGAGCUGGGCUGAUGAGUCGACAGCUCCAUGCGAUGAACGUCUACCCCGUGUACUGGAAUAAGCCUGUUAUCGUUGAGGCCUACAAAUUCUGGUUCUACGCAUUGGCGUUGUCGAUUGUUGGGGCCUUGUGGGGGCUAGUGUUUGCUUCUGGUUCUACUUCUGCUUCUGCGGGUAAGGCGCAGCGGGAUGAGAAGAAGGGCGGGAGUAGCAAGGAGAGGAAAGCUGGGGUCUCUGGACCUCUAAUUAAGCGGAUUGUGGUUGAUGGGUGUGAUUUGCUGAUUCCUGGGGCAUUUUUGGGAUGGAUUCAGGUGAGUGAGGUGGUGGUGGGCAUGGCGAUGGUAGUGAGUACUCUGGUUGCGGGGAGAGAUAUUUGGAUUAAGGCUCAGCAAGCAUGA